UUUUACUGGACCCUGAGUUCGGUUUCUGUUUCACAUUACACCUGGUUGUGGGAUGUCGUCGAUCGUGUAUUUCAAGUUCAAAGCAAAUGUGAAAACAGACUCUGUUUCGUUUGAUGGAUCUUCUAUUUCUGUGAAAGAUCUUAAAAAUGCCAUUCGAACAAAGUGUUGUUUGUAUUCGACUGAUUUUGAUCUCAAACUAGAAGACACUAAUGGGAAAGUCUAUUCCAAAGAUGAUGAAUUAAUUCCGAAGUACUCAAGUAUUGUGGUGCGACGUGUCCCACGUUUAGUUGCAGAAAUUCAAAAAAAGAAACAAAUGGGUCCAGAUGAUGUAACGUGGAGAGAGUUGCAAAAGAAUCAUACUGCCGCAUCCGAAACAUCACAUGGUUCUAAACUUAUCAAUUUAGCGGAUUCUGACCUUUCUGAAGAAGAGAAAAUCAAACUAAUGAUGGAGAGAUCCUCAGAGACUUACUCAGAGACCAAUUUUGCUGUACGAGCCAAGCCAUAUGGGGUCCCUCCGGCUGCUUAUGUUUGUCACAAAUGUAAUCAGCCAGGACAUUGGAUUCACAAUUGUCCUGGGGUACGUGAUAAGACCGGGAAAGUAAUGGAUGCCAAGUCAAUCAAAAGGCCGACAGGUAUUCCACAGGACUUUCUUCUGGAAGUUGCAGCUGGAACUCCAGGUGCAUAUUUAGGAAAAUCCGGGAAGUACAUGGUGCCUAUUAAAGACGCUGAGGCAUAUGCCCAGGGCAAAAAGGAUAAAAGGCCGUUUUCUGUUGAAGAAAACCCUCCAUACGUUCCUCAGGAAAGAAAUCCUCCGAAGCAACUUGUGUGUCCGUUGUGUAAUAAGCUAUUCAGCGAUGCAGUUUUAGUAUCCUGUUGUGGAACAACCUAUUGUAACGAGUGCAUCAUGGGUCAUGUUUUUGAUUCUCAAGUUCUGGGUUCCCAUAAGUGUCCUAACUGUGAUGCGGUGCUGACAGACCAUGAGUCAAGUGUCUUUGAAAAUGCUCUUGUGCGAAGUUUGAUUCGUGACUGGCUUGCCGAUGAAUCUAAAAUAGUGGAUCCAGAAGUAGUUAUCCCUGGAGAUAUAUCAAAGUUCAAUGAAAACGAUACGACAUUCGUUAACUGUCGCCGCGUUCUGAAACCAAAACAAGCAACGGCCAACAUCCCUACACUCAAACUUGGAAGUACAACUGCAGUGGAAUCAAAUCAAGUUCAGAAUUCACUGAAGAUGCAACCAAUUGUUUCAGAAUCUAAUUCUAUUGUUAAAAAUGAACAUACUGAUUUACUUUUGAACUUACCCUCUGAAACACCCCAGAGCACAAACUCUGUGACAUUUUCUACUCUUUCAUCUUUUGAUUAUGUUCGUGUUUCUGAAAUGACUACUUCUGUUGUAACGAACAAUACAAAUGCUACUGUGGUCACAAGUUCUCCUUGUACCACUAUGGUGGGAAAUAACAGACAGAAUCUGUUACCCACCACUUGUCUUUCAAACACACAAAUUCCUUGUUUGAGUUAUACUAGUUCUACUGCUGUAAUGCCUACUUUACUCCCAGGUGUUAAUGGUGGUGGUAAUCCUCUUCUUAAUGCGCUUUAUAGUAUACGGUUAGAUGACUUACAGGCUCCAUUGGUUGCUCCCUCUACUAUUUUGCCAGCCACUUACGGAUCGCUUGUUGGCGAUCCUGAGUGGACAGCUGAGACAGCUUUGGCUGCGUCAGCAGCUCAGAGUGCAGGUCUAGUUGAUCCAGUAAUACAAGUCAAUAAUAAUCAGGUCGCCUUCGGGCUAGUCCCUGGGCAGUCUAUCCCUGGCACGAUGCACACAGCUUUAUCCGCACCUGUUGAAACACUAAAUGGACACAAAAUGCUUUCAAAAGAAGAGUUCUAUCGGUUGAAAAUGGAAGUUCUCCAUUCAGCUCGUAGAAGGUAAACCAAUUUAAAUCUACUCAAAUGCGAUCGUUUAUUUAUUUAGGUUGUCAUGCCGUCCUCUUUCUUUAAUAGUUGAAUCUCUUGACUUAAGGCAUCACCAGAUCCGUUCAUAUCAUGGGUUUUUGUAGCAAAGUAUUCAUUUUAUGGGUAAUCGAAGUACCGAUCUUCUUCUGAAAGAAUGUAUAAUUUAAUUCAUUAUGUCUCAAAUACCAAGUGUAGACUGAGGAGUUUCUGUCGUUUCUCGAACUUAACCUUAAGUAAUUAAUCUAUUCGAAAGAUUUAUUUGCGUUUCAGUAUGGAGGUAGUUUGUAAUCAUUCACAAUUUAGGAUAGUGAAUAUUCUGGGUAGAAAUACUGCCCCAUGAAAAGACAGCUACGUGGUUCAGCUGUCUUGUUUGUUUGACCUCAAUUUACCUCCAAGUCUGCGCUAGGCUCAAAAUAAGGUCUUUCACAUCCGAAGUAAAUGCAUGUAUUAGCAGUUAUAUAAAAAUGUAAAGGUCACACGUUCAUGGUUGUGAAUUCUCUUCAAAUUGAAGUUUACUUUUUAGGGCUUAAUUGAGGCUCCAACUUUUACGUUCAGCGUAGAUAGUAUUCAAGCUAAGUGUUUUGACUUUUUGAAGCUUCUGUUGGUGUUUAAUAUAUACUUUCAUAUUUCAUUUGAAUGUUGCUCAGUUUUAUGUCUGUACGACCGUAUGUGUUGGCUGUUGUUCAUUUGUUUGCCUUUGUUUCCAUUUCUCCAGUAAUAUGUAUAUAUGUAAAUGCUGUUAUCUUGUUUUAUUAUGGUGUGCAUUCCACUACAUUCAACGGGUCCACCUAACAGCAUGGUUGCCUUUUCUCUGCGUUAUUCAGUAUCUUAUUAAAAAAUUUGAUUUAUAGGCAUCGUCACCGCACCCAUUCACGUAGUCCUGGUUAUGUACAUCGAGCCGAACGAAUUUAUGGAGAUUCUUCGCACCAUCGACGUGGUUAUGAUAGAGAAGAGCGAGAGAAACGACCUCGAUACUAUUCACCUGUUAAUUACGAGAGUGAACGUAGUCGUUGCCGACACCGUUACGCUGAUGAAUAUGAAUCUCAUCGUGACAGAAGUGGGACUCACCGUCAUCACUACCGCCCUACUUUCUUUCAAGAUUUUGACGACCGGAGACGUCAUUAUUCACGAGGCCAUCAGCACAGUCCCGAACACCGGUCCAGGAGGUCACCAAGACAGUCACCAUCAAGUAAAGAUGAUUGGUAUGGGUACAAAGGUCGGGGAUGUAGCCUUUCUCCCAUCACACAUGAACCCUCAGAUCCACGCAGAUGUCGGGAACCACAUGUUGGUAGUGGACAUUAUGAUGAGUUUCUCGGUAGACGUAAAAGAAGGUAAGUCACGUUUUACGUUUUCCUAGAUUAGUCAUUCAGGGUCUCUAACCAUCUGUUGCUAUCAUAUCGCCGUCCUAAACCAGGUAGUCUACACCUACCAACAUGGCUCAGUUCACUUUUCAGUGACUUCAUGGACUUGUGCCAUGUUUUGGUCUGGCCGCCCCUAGCUUUCUUCCAAUUUACUCUUAUACCAUUGAACAUCGUCAGUUGAGGCAGUCGGAGAAAUUUAAACCAAAACGUAACAUCAGUUCAUGGGACCAUAGACUGCUGGACUGAUUUAUGCAGGUUGAUGUACGUUACUUGAUUGGGGUCCGCAUGUCGUUAGGACCUUUUAGUGAAAUGGCUCGAAAUCGUUCACAAUGAUGCAGGUGCAUCCACCCUUAAUCUUCCUUUAGUCUCUGAGUCUCAAAAUCUCGUCUUUCUCGUUUCUUUAGUUUUACACCUAAUCUUUUCUACUACUACCGAUAUUGUUUCUGCAUCUACUACUAUGAAAAUUUGUCUUAAUAAUUUUAUCGCUGUGAUAAUUUGAUGUCGCAGCUUAACCCAGUUCUCAUGUGUGAGUUUCUACGCUACUGAUGAUCACUGCCGGGAAGUAAAAACUACGUUUGUACCUUUGACACCACCCGAGAUCACCUUUUCCACUCCCGUAAUUAACCCACAAUUAUUUGCAGAGUAAUGGUAUAGCGUUUAAAGCUUCCGACUCUCCGCCGUCAAGUCAAAUUCUAUCCGGGCUCCAACUAUUUCUUUUUGAACGACAGGAUUAUAUCAUUAACACUUACAAUUUAAGCUCGACUCAUACCUAAGAAUCUAGUGAGCAAGCUAGCUUUUUUUAUUUUAUCGUCGGCCAUCACCCUUGCUAAUGAUUCAAGUCCACGAAAAGUCAUUCCUGGUUUCCUGAAACCGAUCUCUAAGCUACAUUUUAAAACUCAAUGUUCGAACUUCGUGUCAAAUCGAAAAAGUUUUCUUUAUUUAGUACUGGGAUUUCAUGCUUGUAACAUACGCUCUGUCUCCCUUACCAAUCAGAAUUCUAGUUUUAAUUCCGUUUACUCUGUCUACUAUUUCUUGUAUAGCAUUAUGUUCCAGAAUUGAGCAUUGUACGCCUGAGCAGUAUCGUUGACCCUAUGUCGACACAGCCAAGCUCCUAUUAGUCUGCUGUUUGCAAGCUUUUCUCUGAGUCCAAAGAGUCAACAGCCAACUUCUAUUAUUGCAUUCUAGAGAUACGUAGGUUUAUAUACAAUUUUGCAUAAACGAGCUGAAAGCGUCUGUGAACAGAGCAAUCUGGGAAAUAUAGAUUGACAUUAAAAUAGGAUUAAUAAGUAGCAUACAGAUAGUUGGUUAAACGGAAGCUUACAUAGUAAUCCAGUUACUUAUUGAUUCUACAACAAAUUAAAUAUUAAAAAUCCGAAAACCAAUUCAAGCUUUUACGAUACUCAUUCCGUUAUGACAUAAAGAAAGACAUGAUCGACCUAACGACAAUCCACCAAUCAUCGUGAAAGAGACUCAAUGAAGGACUCACUCAUUUUGAAGCAGAUAUUUAGUUUCUGAUUAUUCUCUAGUUACUCACUACCUGUAAACAACCUGGAUGAAAAAUUAACACAAGUCUUCCACACUUUUUGAGGUUGAGCAGACCAAAGCGAGGGAGAGCAGCUGUUCCUGACGGAUAACCCGUCUGAUCGUUAAAAACAAUUAUCUUGUAUUAGUAGUUAAGUUGGCUAAGAUACUAACUAGUAUUUGGGAACUUCGCAUCUGACUGAUCUCGGAGGCUGAUCAUUCCAAUUUUUAAAGCAACACUUCAAUUUGUUGGUCAAGAGAUUCUGUGGCAAUGUCUGUCAUCGAAAGGUAUACCAAAGAAGUGCAUCUACCUUGAACAAGCUCUCUAUUCGUUGCCGGCUUCAUUUAUCUUGAUAUUCUCAUCAGUCCUGAUAGAUCUCGUCACCAGUUAGCAGAACUCGAUUGGUUUUUGCCAAUUCGUAUCACUUGUGACGUAUAUGAGAUGUCCAUCUACCAAGUAAAGGGUUUGGAUACCGUCCAAUAUUGCACUCUGUUCUACUUUGUGGGUGUGAAACACCGCCACUGUAAUAGAGAAUAUUCGUUGGUUACUAGUAUUCGACCAUAAAUAUUUUUUGAGGAGUUUAGUUGUGUGAGCUGAACGAUUUUAUUGUGGAGCUUUGACUGUUCUUCUGAAUAACGUCAUCUCCACGACCAAACCAUUUAGCUUAGAGGACGGAACAACCAAAAUUAUCCACCUAAGCAACGAACCUUCACCGUCUCAAAAAUUAUUGGUGUCUUUGAUGCAUUGCUCGUGUAUUUUGGGACCAACGAUCAGGAAGUGUUUGGGUUCGAAAAUGGAGACUGAGUAAAGAAGGAAAAUCGAUCGAUGACCUAGUCAAUCUGGAUUGACUGAAAUUGUUAUAGCGUUCAUUACGUAUGCCUGAUUACUGUUUACUCCCUCAUCUUUUCUAUUUCUUCUGGCGGUGGACUUGAUGAUGCAAAACUCCACACCUGGGCAGAGGCACAGAAUAAAAUGGACAGGUUUUGGACUUCGCUGAUGACCUAAUACUAGCUGAAACUUAGAGGACCACUACAACCAUAAUCGAGAACGUACAAUUAAUCACAGACAAAUAUCUACAUGAGAUGCUCCAGAUUCGUUGGCCGGAUAACAUCAGCGACCACCUACUGUGAGAGAGAACAAACCAGUUUCGAACUGAAGAGUAAAUUAGGAAAUGACGUUGUAAGUGGUUAGGACAUACAUUGAGGAGGAUUCACGACGCAAGCCCAAACUUGUUAUGUUGAAGGGAAAAUGAGGAGUGAAAGACUACUUAACACAUUCGUCGGUAAUGGGAGGUAGACAUGAGUAGGAUGAAUAGCAGCUGGAGAGGAGAGCCCAUGAGCGAGUUUGAUGGAGAAUGCUGGUUGGUGGUCUAUGGUCCUGGACGAGUGGUAGGAGGUGUAAGUAGGUAUAAGACAGAAGAGGUUGGUCAUAUGCGAACUCCAAAUCAUCUAGUCGCAUUCAAGCUGUCCAUUGUAUUCCAUACUUUCUCACUCUGCUUUUCCGAACCCUAACCUCAAUGUUUAGUUUCUUACAUCGUUCCGGUCUCUUACUAUACGUCUUGUUUAUUUCACAUUGUCGUGUUAGUUCUGUAUAACAAAGUUGUGCGAGCUCAUAUGUUUUGGGUUCUAUCUUGGAGAUGACGCACUAACAGUAAUUUAGAGUUUGCUUUGUUUUACAGUAUUUUCCAACCUCCACCAUCAAUCCCUUGAGAUAAUAAAUUACUCUGAAAAUUUAGCUUCCUAUAAGCAGUGAGAACCAUCACAGUAUAUCAGUCUUGUGUCUUCAUUCAACCUCUCUUGUAGAGAAUAUAUCUCUGAUAGCGCUAUUUAGUGGUAUAUCUGUGUUGAUGUGUGUUAACUAUUUCUUGAUACUGCGAAAACUUGAUAUGAGUUGUCCACUCUCCCUCAUUAUAAGGAAUCAGAUAUAGACUGUAUUUGAUUUCUUUUUUCUGUUCACGUUGAACUCGGUAAAGUCUUAUGUUACAGAAGUUUUAACAAAGCUUUGGGAUCAAAAAGUUUCACUCAUACCUUUUCUGUGCAUGAUAUACUGAUGAUAUGUGACCAGUUAUUCAUCUUAUGGAUUAAAAUACUGUUUCUUAUCAGACCGAUUACUUUAUGUUUAGAACAUUCGACGUUCAACUAACUGCUUGGGCGUUCAGACUUCAAUCUACAUACUUUGUUUUAAAUAUCUCAUUUACAAUAUUAUAGUUAUCUAAACGAAUCCAUAUUCGUUGGAUAAGGUUAAAAAGAUUUCGUAUAGGGUUUUUGACAUUAUUUCGAUAGUGCUUGUGCACCAUACUAUCCAUUUCCUGUACUUACCAUGUCGUUUUUAGUGUAUAAUAAUCCCCACUUACUUUGUAAUCCGUCAUGUGGCUCAGUUGUAUGAAUAUUUUAUUCUUGUUAAUAUUUUCGAAAUAUAGUGUUCAAUUUUCGAUUAUGUUCUUAUCACUUGAAGUUUUCAAAUCAGUCGUAUAAACAAAAUACAGAAGUUCAGUUCUCCAACCGACUUAAUAUAAUGUAAGACAUCUGGUAACUAACUCGGAUGUUCCUCGUUUCAUCAUCUCAACGUUCUUUACUCCUGUCACUUCUAACUCGUUACUCGUUUGUCUGUUGUCACCAGGAAUUUAUUUGGAGUAAAACGAAGCAUAAUAAUCCAAAUACUUACAUACGCCUAUUUACUAGUUUCUGUUCACGAAACAUGUCUUAGAAGUUUGAUACUAACCAAGAUUAGGCGUGCGGUACUAGUCAAUUAUCCCAAAUCGAUUGAAAAGUCGUCGAUUUCAUCAACUGUGGUGGUCGGGACGUGUAUUAAGUGCCUCAACCGCUUACCUUUGUUAAGUCUUGAGUUUAAUUUUUGGUUCGUACCUUAUGAUCUAUCGAAUUCAUCCUCUCGUUUCACACAGCUGUUUAACGUUUCUAAUGAUUAUCGAUAACUGCCAUUACUUGAACUCGUGCUAUUUAUCUUAAUUUUAUCAUAUAGGCCUAAUGUGUUAUUGCAUCUUAAGCUAAUAGUCAAAAACUAGGUAACCUAUCUCAGAAUCGUUUGAAAUGUCUCAGGUGUAUCCACUCUUUGUGUUCCCUUACAUCUCGGGUUUUAAAAAUAUUUUAUACUUUUUAUUCUGUAAAUUCAUCCUUUACAUAUUUUAUCUUCUGUCCCUAAUUUUUUUUACUACUAUUCAUCCUGUUGCUGUUUUACUGUGUCAUCUUUUUCAUGUCUGUCCUGAUGUAGUGUGUUGACUUGGACUAAUGUAAAUUCGUGUCAGUCGCUACGUUGUUUAUAAUUAACUACAUCGGUUAAAAUUUAUCGUAUGCAUAAUUCGCAUUCGGAAUUUUUUGUUUCAGAUCUUAUCGUUUACUCAGUUAUAUGAGAUUUUACUUUUAAAUUGUCUCAAGUAGUUGACUACUGUUCAGAUUCACCGAAAUUCGUUCAAACAACAAGAACUUUGCGUUUUUCCUGUCAAUUGAAUAUACUGUGUAUGCAUAACAUUUUGUUUUUUCAUACACGUUUUCCUUUGUUUACUUGAAGCAAGCAGGAACAAAGAACUAAACAGUAACAUAUAUUCAUCUGUCGCAUCACAUUCCUAUUAGCUACAGAAGCAAAAUUACAAAUUAGGUUGGAAGUUUUGAUAUAUGACCAGUGAAAACAUGUGAUUGGGCUUCAAGCAAAGAUAAACAAAUACUGAGCUUACUGAUAAAUGAAUUCCUUUUUAUUAUUGAUUUUUACUCCAGACGUGAUAUGUAUGGGGAAUAGUGGUUGUAUUGGAUAAAUCUGUUGUCUAAGUUGUACUAUGGUUCUCUAUUCUUAGUCGAGAAUCGUAUACAUAAUAUAAUGUGGUCCUCAGUCUUUGCAUAGCGUAUCGAUCGAGUAUCCAGUUUACUCGUAAUAUAAUUUGUACAUAGAUCGUAUUAUAUUAUCUGUGGCAUACAGAAAAUGUAAUGUCAAAGUUAAUACAAACACAUCUAUACAGCAUAGCAAACAUGCAAAUAAAAAUAAGUGUCUAAGUAAUAUAUUGCAAAUAUAUAUCAUGUACAGAGACAUUAAUUUAGUAGCAAAGGACAAAAAAGCUAGGAAUAAGUGGUUGUGCAAUGAAAAAGCACUACUGACAAUUAACAAUAACUUAUUGUCCUGUGGUUUCAUCUGUGUGAUCAUGUCAACAAAUACGAUGGCAGUCCAGCACUGUAUACUGAACACUACGAGAUGGGUGUAAUUUUGUAGUUCUUUUGCAUAUUCAGUAUACAAAUAAUAUAAAAAUUUACUAACUGACUACAGGUGAUAUAAUGGAUAAUUCUCUCGUCCUCAACUUUGUUUUAUAUAACAUCACAUGUUUAUAUGCGUUCAUCCACUCGGCUAAUUUAAUUUCAAUCACACUUGUGGGUUUGUUUUAUUUCAAGUUUCCUCAUAUUUACCCAUUCUAUCAUAAUAUAGAGUUUCUUUUUUAAUUGCAGUCGAACACCCAUGUCUGUUGUCCCUCAGUAUGAUGUCUCUGAUCCGGAAUCUAUUGGUAAGUAAUUUUGGCUUUUAACACUAUUAUUUUUAGGACCUAGAAAUCCUUCUCUGCCAAGAGAUACAUCUCAGAGGCAGUUUGAUAUACCUGGACCAAAUCAAAUAUUAGAUAAUUUCAAUCGUGUUUCACAUAAUUUAUCAUGUGAAACGUUUUCUGGUGACUCAACAAAACAAUCCCCCAUUUCUCUGGAUCCUAAUAAUGAUCUCAUCUGUAAAGAUGAAUGCUUAAUAGGACACUCUGUUGUCAGUAGAAUUAUUAGUAAUGAUGAAUCAUUUGUACCUCACAUAAAGAAGGUUAAAGUUAAGAAAGAGAAAAAGCAUAAGAAGCAUAAACACAAACAUUCUGACAAAAGGGCUUGUAUUCAACUCGACGAUUCAACUAAUCAACUAUUUAUGAAUCCAGGUGACACAGUAUCUUGUUCUAAUAUUGAUGUAUCUGAUAAGAAGCAUGCAAAGAAACACAAGAAACAUAAGAAACAUAAACAUGGAAAUAAAGAAGACAAGAAACAAGUUAACUCAGAUGUAAAUUCGUCAGUACAAUGUAUAAGUCUAGAUAAAAUCAAUGUAAAUGAGCUUAGCUAAUAAACUCUUCUAGUUCUUUCCAUGUACAUAGGUUUUGAAGAACAUGUAUAUAAUGUCUAGAUUAUAAUGAUCAAGUUUACGAAUUUACUGGACUUCAUAAUUUUAAAUAAAUUAUUUUUUAUCAUG